AAAAAAUUAAACAGAGAUUAGUUUAAAUUGAGCAUUGAUCAGUACAGUCUUCACUCAUAGUUGCAAAUUGAAAUUUUAAACAAUUUUAUUGUUUGGUAAUAUAAUUUACUAAUUAUGGCAGAGGAAAAGAAGUUCACAAAUUUUGCAGUCCAAAAUGGAUCAGUUGAUAUUUGUGAAGUCAUAAAGAGUUAUAUACCAUUCUUGAAUGUGAGAAGAUUAUCAGAAAAUGCCACUUUGCCCAAAAGAAUGUUCCCUCAUUCUGCAGCUUAUGAUCUUUUCAGUGCAAGGGACGUUAUGGUGCCAGCACGAGGCAAGGCAAAAGUUGCCACUGACUUAAGCAUAGACUUACCUCCAGGAACCUAUGGUCGUGUCGCUGCAAGAUCAAGUUUGUCUUGGCAUCGUUCCAUUGAUGUUGGAGGUGGUGUGGUUGAUUUAGACAAAAAUCCUGUUUUCGUGAUACUGUUCAACCAUUCUGAUGUUGAUUUCGAGGUGAAAGUUGGCGAUAACAUAGCACAGCUAGUCAUUGAGCUCCAUGCUAUACCUGAGAUUGUUGAGGUUUAUCAAUAAUUAUAAUGUGGGGUUUGAAUUUGCUGGAGCAGCUUUAUGUCUGUGUAUGUUAUGCAGUUGUUAUGUUUAUUGUUCAACUCUCAUUCUCCGAGGCUGAUCUGGAACGAGUUCUUUGGGUUCAAACAGCAUAUACAAGUAUCACAUUCAUAUUCGAAUCCUGAGACUCAACAUUCUGUAUUUGCCUCUGCCUCUGUUCAUACUGUUGACUCUUGUAAUAGUUGUCGUUGGAAGCACAUUUAUGCCUCCAACCAAAUGUUUUUGUGUCUUUUAAUCAAAUGUAGGUCGAUUUUCUGUUGGUUCCAUUGCUUUCAGCUCGAACUAUGUACACUUAUAAAGGGAUCCGACUCUACAUUCUGGA